AUGCUCUUGAUGUCCUCUCCAGCCACCUGUAUAAUCGGUGGAUUCAGUGUUGUGUCCGGUGAUGAGCUGGAAAUCGCUUCUGUUAUCAAAACUAGCGAGUAUAAGAAAAAUGCCGCCGACAACGUCGCCUGCAGCGAUAGACGGUGGUCAAAGAAGAUGAAAGUGUUGAUGCACGCCUGGUAUCCAGAUACGUCAGGCGGCUCAGAACCUGAUUCAGGGCGUGAUCCCGACGCCUGUAAAAGCCACAAGGCCGUGGCCAUCUGGCAGUUCCGGACUGCCGGAACUCACUCAGUAUCGGAGGAAGCUGGGUGA